AUCACAGCGUUUGUUUGGGUUUUCGGGAUAUUCGUUACUCGGUUGCACACAGCUCUGCCUUCCACGGUUCCUGAAAAGACCAUAACAGUCUCAAGAGUUUUUGUUAGGAGAACUAAUUAUUACCAUCAGCUGUCAGCUUAUGAAUUUACGGUUGAGUUUUAUUCGCCAUUAAAAUGAGUCUGGCACCGCGCAGCGGAUCGUUUCGCGCAUCACAGCAGAGCUGUUCUGUGACUGCGCUCGAUGAAUCAUUCACCAGCUUCAACAUGAGCAGCAGUACCAGUUCAGGAGAGUCCCUGCAGGAAACAGAUUCAACAGUAAUCUCUCAGAAAGCAGAUGUGAAGAAUUACAGUAUGAUGACUCCUGCAGAGAAACUAUCGCUUUGUGAGAGACGGGCCCAGUCUUUGGCUGAUAGUGAAGAGUAUGACCCCUGUAUCCAAGAGCUUGUGCGUUGCCUGGCACUGAGCAGACUGGUUUAUGGAAAUGAGCAUUUUGCAGUGGCUCAAGCUCAGUCAAGACUGGCUAAAGCUUACUUGCAACACAAAGGUUGGGCACAUCAGGCACAAGAACAUGCAUCCCAAGCACAUGAAGUACUCCGUUCCAGUCAGCAGGAGGAGAGAAUGAGCUACCUCACCUCAUUUCUUACCAUACAUCAGACUCUUGGAAAUGCUGCUCUACUACUUGGAAAUUUAGCAGAGGCCGAGUCAAGCUUCCAGAAGGCAGAGAUAGUCGUGGGAGACCUUGUAGCGCAAGAAGCCAUGGGGAAGGAGGACAGAGUGGACACUGAGUAUGAAAUAUUUACAAAUUUAGCAAGGGUGUACCAGCGGCAGGGAAAGCCUGAGAAGGCCCUCAGUCAGUGUGAAAGAGCCUUGGAGCUGUGUCAGGAAGGAGCUCAGCUCAGUCGGAUCUGCUGUGUUUACAGAAACAUGGCGGCCAUUGAACAGGCACAGGGAAAUCUGGACAGAGCCAUUGAGCAUCUCCUACUGGCUCAUUCCAUAGCUCUUAGUCAGAGUCCUGGGGGUCUGGAGGGGGCCCAGAUCGCUCACAGCUUGGCUCUGGCCUACUCUUCCACUUCAGAACCUCAUCACAACGUAGAUUCAGCAGCACGCUUUUUUGAGGAGAGUAUAAGUGUAUAUAGAAGUGCACUAGGCCCACAGGACACACUCACCCUAUCUGCUCAAGAUGACUUCAGUCAUUUCCUCCUCCUCACAGGACAACAGGAGAGAUGUGCUGAGAUCCAAAGAGAGUCUCUAGCCUAUAAGAAGAGUACGUUUGGUGAGCUGAGUGCAGAGGUGGCAGAAGCGCUGCAGCUGAUUGGUGGAGUGGAGAUGACACAGGGUCAGAUGAGACACUCCCACAGAACCCUCAAGAAGUGUCUGGAUAUUCAGAAUAUGCUGUAUGGUCCUCAGCACAAGAAAACCAAAGCCACACAAAGAACUGUGGACAUGCUGUCUCAGUCACCAGAGGUCAGUGAAGGACGCAAGGAAAUUCGUCUUGAAACAAGGCCUGCAUUCUGUGCAGUGGUAUCAUCUGCGUCUGAGGUGACAUCUAGCAUGUCUAACUCUUAACAGCAGUGACCAGCAGACAGAUCUUAUGAAUGUGGCAUGGACUUUCAGGGAUGUUUGACCUCAUCCUAUUUCACCAAGGGAAAUCUAUGGAUUGGAAUAAAACAAGGCAAUAUUUCUAGAACAACACAGAAGCUCUGCUGUGUCUUUAAUCUCUGUUGCUGUGUCUCAGAGUGGUUGGCGAGGUGACUACCUCUGCACUUCAAAAAAUGAGAACUGUCCAGCGGUGAUCUAAUACUGUUUCUACAAAGACUGGAGAGCUGCAGGGCUCUCUAAACACUAAAGAGUUUUAGAGUCAUAUUAUUUCUGAGAAUUGAGCAGAACUCACGACAUGAACUUUAUAAGGGUUUGUUUAUUGUGUUUGCAUAUGUUUGCAACGUUCAGAAAGUGAGCAGACUAGUCUUUUUCUUAAGAGUACAACAGCACACACAACACCCCUUUUGUGAAUUUUCAAUUAGCAAAAAUACAUCUGUAAUAUGCAAUCCCAAACCAAUCUUUGCUAUUGCAGUAAAUCUAGAAUAGCAUAUUGUAAAUCUGUAGAUGCACAAGAGGUUUCACACAGUGUUGGUUGAGUCAUAGAACCCUAUGCAUAGAUUCAGACAAAGAACAGCAGGUGCUGAAACACCAUCUCAAGGGAUGCAGAUAAAUGACUGGAAAUGGUUUAUAAUGAUACUAAAAACUGAGCCUUAAUCACUUAUCAUGUAUCUGUUAUCAUAGUGUUUCCCAACCUUUUUUGUGUUAUGUAACCCAGCCUAAUCAGUAAACCAGAAAUGUGUUUCAUUUGUAUUAUACUGGAUAUCAUUUCACAAAGUCA